AGCCGUUUGUGCUGCGAAGCUUCUUCUUGACUGCUCGUAUCAGGGUCGGGCUCGGGUUGGUCAUGAGUCGGCAUGAUCAAGGGCAUUGGUCGUGGUCAGGAAACAAGUAUCGCUCGGCGGAAACCGAGCUGCUGAGCGAGAACUCGCAACUCAAGGUUCAAGCGGCGCAGCUCCAGGACACUGUGCAGCAUCUGAAAGAGACGAAUGCAAAGGACGCUCAAACGUCCCAGGCUCGGCGUCAAGAGUAUUCCGCCAAGAUUGCACUGAUGACCGCAAAACUCCAGGACACAGAUGGUAAAUUGGACCUCUCCACCGAGCUCGCUCGGGAGCGCAAGGCGCAGAUCGCUGAUUUGCAAAGGCAGAACAAGGACUUGGAGAAAAAACUGAAAGGUGCCCAACAGCGGGCUGCUCGUGCCGAAUUGCAGAUCGUUGGCAUGGAGGAGCCCAAACGGCGUUCCAAGAAGGCCAAGGCUGAGUAGUCGCGCGCCAACAGAUGCUGUUGCC